AUGUCCACAAAUGCCUCUUCAGUAGUAUUACUCACACUGGAAACCCUGGGUUUAUCUGAUCUAUCUGUUUACCCAGCCUUUCUGUUAGGGACUUUAACAUAUCUGUUUAUCAUGUUCUGUAACUUGUUGAUAUUAAUGACGAUCGCUUGGACUAAAUCCCUGCAGAAGCCCAUGUUUAUCCUGCUGUUAAACCUGGUCACCAGUGACAUGGUGGGAGCUACAAGUUUGUUUCCUCAGCUCAUUGUGAGCAUCGUGACAAAGAGCAGACUGAUAUCAUACCCUGCAUGUGUCAUUCAAGCUCUUCUCAUUCAUAUCUACGGCACAGGGAACUUACUGAUCCUGAGUGCUAUGGCUUAUGACAGAUACAUCGCUAUAUGUUGCCCUUUGAGGUAUAAUGCCAUCAUGAGUUCAAAUACCUUGGUGAAAAUUAUCAUUUCAGCAUGGUUUAUUAAUUUCUCUUUGAUCUUUACUUUAAUUUUUCUGCUUGUACGUUUGAAAAUCUGCAGAACUCACAUUGUAGACCUGUACUGUAACAAUCCGUCUUUAUUAAAGCUGGUCUGUGAGGACACCAGAGUGAACAACUACUAUGGAUUAGCUGGUAUAGCUUUUCUCCAAGGUGGGCCGUUGCUGAUAAUACUGUACACCUAUGCACAGAUCCUACGUACAUGUGUGAUGAACAGUCAACCAGACGCCAGGAGAAAAGCCAUUCAGACGUGUGGCACACAUUUAGUCGUCUUUAUGAUCCUCGAAUUUAACACUUUCAUCACACUCCUCGCUCACCGCAUCGAGAGCGCGUCGCCUUUUAUGAGAAGGGCCCUCGGAGUGUCAGUAGUAAUUUUCCCCCCAUUUUUGGACCCGAUUAUCUACGGACUGAAAACUGCAGAACUCAAGCAGAGCAUUAAAAUGUUUCUGAGGAGAAGCGUGGGCUCAUCAAAGCUGUGA